CCCCAGUUCGUCCAGCUCCUCUACCUCGUGGGGGAAGGCCGCAGGGCGCCCGCCGACCUGAGGGGGAAGGUGGAGAGCACCAUCCUCAAGCACUUGGACUCCUUCACCCUGGAGGAGCUGGGCGCCGUCUGCCUGGGCUUGUUCAAGUCCCUCAGCGGGAUCUCGGAGCGGGUGGCGAGGAGGGUGGCGGAGAGGGUGGCCCUGCAGAUGGAGGAGAUGAGCACCUACGCCCUGGUGAACGUCCUGAAGAUCCUGCGCUACGCCCGCCUGGCCCACCGGCCCCUCCUGAGGGAGCUGGGGAGGGUGAUCCCCCCCAGGCUCCCCACCACCAACAUCCAGGGCAUCAUGCACGUCGCCCUCACCUGCUCCUCCCUGCACUACUUCGACGAAGGCGUUCUGGCUGCUGUGGCCAAAGCUCUGCCCUCCAAGGUGACCUACUGCCGCAGCAAGGACGCUGCCAAGUUCCUCUGGUCCUUCGGGUGCCUGGAUUACGAGCCCCCCAACGAGGAGGAGUUUUACUCCAGCCUCAUAGAGCAGAUGCACAGAAAGCUCCACGAGUUCAGAAAGUUCCCAGAGCAUCUCCUGACGGGUUUGCUGGGCCUGGCGUUUGUCCGACGCUUCCCAGAGGAGCUGAUUGACUAUGCUCUGAGGGAUGAGUUUGUCCAGAAGAUGAGAGGCAGCAAAUACGAGCUCAAAAAGGACCUGUUCACCCUGGGGAGGAGCGUGGAAAUCGAGUGCCCCGCCUACCGAGGCAGCCGCCUUCCCCCUCACCUCUACCAAGAGUUCACUGAGAUGGCUUUGAGGUUUGCAGAGCAAGAAAUCUACGUCAGGCCCGAAAUCCUGGAGGCCACUUCUCUUCUGGAGAGCAUGUUGGGUGGCCCAGAGUACGUGAGGAACCACAUGAUCCUGCCCCACACCAGGUCCAGCGACCUGGAGGUUCACCUGGCCGGGGAUGGGCAGCCCAUCCCGUUCAACUUCCAAGCCCCCCUUGCAGAUAAGAAGCUGAAAGACCUGGGAGUGAGUCUGACGGAUGAGUUGAUGGCUCAGCUCCUCAGAGGCAGCUCUGCUGGAGGAGAGGCACACCCAGCGUGGACUCCUGCUGGGGGAGGAGCGGGAGAUGGCGCCGCGCUCCCCAGCGGGGCUCUCCCCAGCCCUCCCCUGGGCUCUGAGCUGGGGCACGGCCCCCAAACCCCCUCAGCUGCUGCUCUGGCUCCCCCAGCUGGGGGGGUGAAGCUGGCUCUGCAGGUUUCCAACCGUAACCACCACUGCUACUGCUCCAAGCGGCUGCUGGGGCUGCACAGCCUGAAGCGGCGGCAGCUGCGGCGCCUGGGCUACGUGGUGGUGGAGCUGCCCUUCUGGGAGUGGUUCCCCCUGCUCCGCCGCACCCACCUGGAGAAGCUCAGCUACCUCCACUACAAGGUGUUCGACCCGGCGCUGCUGGGCGGGGCUGGCUAG